UCCGCCGUCGUCACCGCUCAGUGUUUACAUGGUGAAGUGGGACUGAGUGCUGAACGGCAGUUUGACAAAAAAAAGAGGCCAGACACACAGCGCGACUCGUUCAAAAAGAUGGGAGGUGCUGUGAGUGCUGGUGAAGACAAUGAUGAUUUAAUUGACAAUCUAAAAGAAGCACAUUACAUCCGAACAGAAGUGGUAGAGCAAGCUUUCCGAGCCAUAGACCGUGCUGAUUAUUACUUGGAAAUUUACAAAGACAACGCCUAUAAAGACUUGGCAUGGAAAAAUGGUAACAUCCAUUUGUCUGCACCCUGCAUUUAUUCUGAGGUAAUGGAAGCACUGGACCUACAGCCUGGAUUGUCCUUCUUGAACCUUGGAAGCGGCACUGGCUAUUUGAGUACGAUGGUUGGCUUAAUUUUAGGCCCUUUUGGUGUAAAUCAUGGAAUAGAGCUACAUGUUGAUGUUGUGGAGUAUGCGAACCAAAAACUUGAGAACUUCAUCAAGACAAGUGACAGUUUUGAUAAGUUUGAAUUCUGCGAGCCAUCCUUUGUAGUGGGAAACUGUUUAGAGAUUGCUUCAGAUAGUCAUCAGUAUGAUCGAGUCUACUGUGGGGCAGGAGUUCAGAAAGAUCAUGAAGAGUAUAUGAGAAACUUGAUUAAAGUUGGUGGAAUCCUUGUCAUGCCAUUGGAAGAGAAGCUAACUAAAAUAACACGUACAGGAUUGAAUACUUGGGAAACUGAAAAAAUCUUGGCUGUCUCCUUUGCUCCUUUAAUCCAACCCUGCAGCUCAGAUGCUGGAAAAGUACGAACAGUCCAAUUACCUUCAGUUAGCAUUGGAACUCUCCAAGACUUAACUCGGAUCUGCAUUCGGCGGACUCUUAAAAAUACAAUAAAUCAGGACAAGUCAAAUGGUGGUGUUCCUCCAAAGGCUGUUUCCAGAUUUAAAAGGAGACGAAUUCGAAGGCGGCGGAUGGAUGCAAUUGUCCUUGUUGACAAGCAGGUUUUUGCAAGUCGAAUUUCAAAUCCUUUUGAUAACAACAAUAAUAAUGGUGAGGACAUGGAAGAUGUUAGGAGAGAUGAUGAUGAAAAGGAGUACAACGACUUUAAACCUGAUCCUCCAUUAAAUCUGCUUCGAGAAAAAAUUCUCAGUUUGCCUUUACCUGAGCCAUUAAAAUUGUACCUACUGUAUUACAGAGAUAAAUAAGUCUUGCAAAUGACUGCUAGUAAUAACUGUAAUAUAUUGCACAUAAGCUAAAGUUUGAAGAACAUAGGGGGACAUAUACUGCAAUGAAAAAAAGUGAGCACUUUUUCAGACUUGGUUGAUUAGCAAUUUACUUUUAAUAGUUUAUUACUAACUAGAUUAAUUUCUCCCAUUUUAAAAAUGCUCUGGCAUUAUCCCUGUAAAGAAUUUUCAAAACUUUAUGCUUGGCUAUGCUGUACAUUACUGCAUCAUUUAUGGCAAGCACUUCUUUAAGAAACAAUAUACGAGAUGAUUAGAAAAAUGUAAAAUCAUUAUCCCUGUAAAACUGUUUUCAGUGGCUUGUAUCUCGUCCGUAUAAUGAAAUAUUGUAUUUGUAAUAACUUAGUUCAAUAUUUAAUACUGUUUAGUUUAAAGAUGGUAAUUUUUAAGCACAGUUCUGUGCGUUAUAUGCCAAAAUUGUUUUUUUUGUAAAGCAAUUGUUAAGAUGUAACUUUAG